UUAGGGCCAGCACUGAAAAUCCAGAGACGGUGAGAGAGGACAGAGAGGGAGGGAAUGAGAGACAGACACCAAGAUUGAUCAAAGAGCAAAAGAUUUGAAAAGCAUCCAGCUCCAAGAUGCCAGCUCUAUGGCACUCCAUGUUCUUCCUGGGGAUUGUGCUGCUUGCCAUCAGUAGGCCCAGCCUGGCAUCUCAGGCAGGUAAUGAUGACCGUCAGAUGGGCACAGAGCACAGGACUGACAAGAGCACAGAAAAUGGAACAACGAACCAUAUCACCACCCUACCCAUCGUCACCUGGAACUGGCAUGAAAUUCAAUUCCCGUACCUGAUAGUAGUCUGGAUCCUGGUCAGCUGGCUCUGCAAACUCUUGUUCCAGCUGAUCCCCAGCCUGACCAGUGUGAUCCCGGAGAGCGGCCUCCUCAUUUGCAUCGGUUGGGGCCUGGGCGGGAUCAUCUACGGGGCAGACAAGGUGCAGACCUUCAGGCUGCAGCCCUUCAUCUUCUUCUUCUACCUGCUGCCCCAGAUCGUCCUGGACUCGGGCUACUCCAUGCCCAACAAGCUGUUUUUCAGCAACUUGGGCUCCAUCCUGGUUUACGCCGUUAUUGGCACCUGCUGGAACGCUGCCACUUUGGGACUUGCCCUUUGGGGUUGCUGGUUGGGCGGGGCCAUGGGUGAUAUCGACACUGGUCUUCUGCAGUUGCUGUUGUUUGGGAGUCUGAUUGCUGCUGUGGACCCCGUGGCUGUGAUUGCCGUGUUUGAGGAGGUCCAUGUCAACGAGGUCCUGUACAUCCUGGUGUUUGGGGAGUCCCUUCUCAACGACGGCGUCACAGUGGUGCUGUUCAAUGUGUUUAAUGCAUUUGUGUCGCUUGGAGGGGCAAAAAUCGACGCUGUAGAGAUCAUCAAAGGCAUAAUCUCGUUCUUCGUGGUGGCGGUUGGAGGCGCCCUGGUUGGUGUAGUCUUUGCUCUGCUGAUCUCGCUCCUAACCAGAUGCACCAAGAACAUCCAGAUCAUCGAGCCAGGCUUCAUCUUCAUCCUGGGCUACCUCUCUUACCUCACAGCCGAGAUGCUCUCGCUAUCUCCUAUCCUGUCGUGUACGUUCUAUGGCAUCUGCUGUCAGAAGUAUAUCAAUGCAAACAUGGACGAGAGGUCAGUCAGCACGGUACGAUACGCAAUGAAGGUGUUCGCAAAUGGCUCAGAGACCAUCAUCUUCGUCUUCCUCGGCAUCACGGCCAUAGAUCCGUCUAUAUGGGUGUGGAACACAGCCUUUAUCUUCCUCACACUCCUCUUCAUCUUUGUGUUCAGGUUCAUAGGGGUCUUUUUUCUCACCUGGAUUCUCAACCAAUACCGACUGGUUCCCUUGGAGUUUAUUGAUCAGGUAGUGAUGGGCUAUGGUGGCCUACGAGGGGCAGUAGCCUAUGGCCUUGUGGUCUCACUGGAUGAGAAAAAGUACAAGGAGAAGAACAUGAUGAUCAGCACCACCCUCCUAGUGGUGUACUUCACUGUCAUGCUGCAGGGAAUAACUAUGAAACCACUGGUCAACUGGCUAAAAGUGAAGAGAGCAGCAGUGACAGAAUGCACACUAGCUGAAAAAAUACAGAAUAGGACCUUUGACCACAUUCUUGUCGCCAUAGAGGAUAUUUCUGGACAAAUAGGACAUAACUACAUGAGGGACAAGUGGAAUAACUUUGAGGAGAGGUGGUUGUACUGGCUCUUGAUGACGCCCUCUGCCAAGAAGUCUUGUGACCACAUAUUCAACAUCUUCCACAGACUCAACCUCAAGGAUGCCAUGAGCUAUGUGAAAGAGGGUGAACGCAGAGGCUCAUUGGCGUUCAUUCGGAAAGAAACCAAGGUUGAUGUGGAUUUCUGUAAGAAGUUUGGUGCCAACUUCUCAGAGAUGAUGCCUUACAUCAUGACAGAACAUAUGGGAUCGGAUCAUGUUCCAGUCUCCUCCCUCUUAUGGGACAGUAUGCCCUCUGUCUGCCUGGACAUGCAUGAGCAGGACCUGAAGAUGAGGGAGUCAGAGGACUUUAAUGCACACCAUCUACUGCAGCAGCACUUGUACAGAGGCAAGAAACAGCACAGACACAGGUGCAGUCGGAAGCACCUCGAAGUCAACAAGGACAAGAAUGAGGUGCAAGAGAUCUUCCAGAGAACCAUGAGGAGCCGUCUAGAGUCCUUCAAGGCAGCCAAAAUAGGUGUCACUCCACCCAAGAAAAUAACCAAUCAUCUGAAGAAAGACCAGCCACAAAAGAUGCCACAUGGAAAAUCCACGGAUAACAGUAAAAGCCAUGCUUAUGGGGAUGAAGAUUUGGAGUUUUCUGAGGGAGACAGUACCUCUAGUUGCGAGGCUGCUGACGGUUCAUUCCCCAUGAGAGCCUGUAGAGGUGAUGGAAUCCUGAACCCAGCCUUCAAUGCAGAGAUUGACCCCAUGCCACCAAUGCAGCAGAUUCCACCAUUGGCUGAAACCGAGGUGGACAGCAGCGCCGUGGUCCCUUCUCAGAGGGCUCAGCUGAGACUGCCCUGGACACCUAGAGUUAGAAGUUCAUCUAGGGGUCAUGAUUGAGGCUGUACCAAAUGAUUGAUGUAUUAGAAUAAUUGAUUAUGCUUGUUGUAUUAAUAGAAGGGGAGGGUUUAUAAGACUCCUCCCUCUUUACAUUUAUAGGGUCCUAGAGUAGAUUAUCAAUAACCCACUCCUUCCUGCUAUAUACACCAUUUCUUACUGUGUUUAAUUGUAGGUUAGGUUUUUCAAAGGAAUAGGGACAGUACUGUAUGCAACUUCAUCGUAACACAGGGAGAUAAUCAUGAGACCAACAUCAAAUAAGAAUGAUUGGACAUGUGACCUCGCAGUCCAAAUCCAUGGUCAAUACUGACUCGGUUUACCUGACAAAACCAAUCCUCUAAACAACCCAGGCUUUGACUCCCAUGGCUUAGAUCCCAUGUUGCCUGACAGUAAAAGUUAAACCACACUCAUCAUGACACCAAACAAGCACGCUUAUGCAUGUAUUCACUGUCCUUUUUGUGACCACCUCACCCCUCAAAGAACCUACAUUUUAUAUUUUAGAUAUUGCAAUUUUAUCAAAAGAAAGUCUUAAUUGCUUUGUUUUCUUUCUAUUUUUGAGAGACUUGUAUCAGCCUGUUUAACUUUGCAUUAACUGACGAGUGUGAAGUAACACAAGCGUUGACAGUAACGUACCUUUCUCCUGGGAAACGACCCAGGACUUUUAUUCAGGGAAAGAAACAGAAUGUGCAAAGGCGCUGAGUAACAAUUAAACCAUAACAAAAUCUAGCUCGUCUUUGAGCUUUUCUACACGGGUCUUCCGGUCCCUCUCUGCAACCGGACAGCUAAGCUGUUUACCUGCAUAUCCAACAAAAGUAAAGUCCGGUAGGUUCCUGUCCAGUUGGGUUCGAUGUUCAUCCCAGGAUUGGAGGACCCUGCAUGUCAGCUCUUGCUGCUCUAGACCAGCAAAAAAAAUCCGGCCAAAGCCAGGGUAAAAAAGCCAACACCGACAAUAAUUCGAUUAAGGUGUGUGUAAUUAGGCUCUUACCCUUCCGGGCCAUCCUCUUUCCUGGCCAACAAAUGUAGACAACAAGCAGGAAUAUACAGGCCUUCACACACCAUCACAUAAUUGAAGCAGAAUAUUUAUCAGGAGAGACAUAUUCACAGAUGGUGAAGGCUGCAAAACGAAUUCACUUACGAUGGUGUCAUAGCACAAUGGUGAAUCUUUCUAUAGCUAGAGAGUGAAAAGUAUAAUUUUUCUAUACGUUGUCUAGUACUGUCUUUUUGCUAGCUAGGGCCAUCUACUUUAAGUGCUGCCUGCCUCCGAGUAGCCUACUACUUGGUGUGAACUGCUGGCAAGGCAAUUUGUGAGGCAUUUCAAUUGUUGAUCACUCACUUUGAGACCUUCACAUUGUUUCCCAUGGCUUUUGUGGAGCGAUGGGUAAUGAUGCUUUGUGGGUGAAUGCUGUCUGUUUGCAGAUGGUCCCUGGUUCAAGCCCCGGUUGGGGCAAGGAGAAGCAAUAUACAGUGGGGCAAAAAAGUAUUUAGUCAGCCACCAAUUGUGCAAGUUCUCCCAUUUAAAAAGAUGAGGCCUGUACCUACUCGUCUGUCUACACCCAUUCAGCAUCAUUCACACCCUUUUAAGCUUUAGCCUCAUCCAUCUCUAAGGAUUCACAUUUGAGGCUAUGUCCUAAACAACCAAAGCUUUCAAUACUAAAAGCUGGUUUAUACUACGGGUGUGCUCUGGCUGUUCGUAAACUCAGAGCUUUGUCAGAUUGGCCAUUCGUAAAUUCAAAGCAUUUCGCUCUCAGAAGGCACACUGGACACUCUGGCCGAAAAGGAGGGUUAAUCCGAGUGUUCUGACUUAACAACAGCAGUCAAGCACCCUAGCUGGCCAGAGUUGUUUUGGUCACUAGAUGCCCCCAUUGUGCUUUUUGACCCUUUUGUUUUCCCUUGUUCCCAGUUAUUAUUUGCACCUGUGCCUCGUUUCCCUUGAUUGUAUUUAAACCCUUAGUUUUCCUCAGUUCUUUGCUCUGUGUUUGAAUGUUAGCACCCAGCCCCAGUGAUGCUGUGAACAUUUGUUGCUCCAGUUGGACUCUCUUGUGGAACUCUGUUUUUGUUCUUGUUUAUUUCUUUUUGAGUACAUUUACAUUACAUUUAAGUCAUUUAGCAGACGCUCUUAUCCAGAGCGACUUACAAAUUGGAGUAUUUGAGGCUUUUUUCUGCUGUACCUACCACCUUGUGGAUUUACCUUUUUGACUUGGAGGAUUACCUUUGUUCUCUUGGAAUUACUUUUGACGUUUGUGGAGUUGUAUUUUUGCCUGAAGAACUUUCCAUUUUACUUUAUUAAAACACCCUCUCAAGUA